CUUAAGCACUCAGUUUCUCUUUCUCGACCCUUUUUGGGGUUCUCGCAUGUAAAAUUACUAUAUAUUGCAUGCAAAACGUUUCUCAUAGGAAGACUCUCCUUACUUCAGCUAAACAACACUCACUCUUCACCUCCCUCACUCUUCUUCCUCCCUCAAUGUCACCCUAAUCCCCUUUUUUUCCCUUCCACUUUUUUGCAAUUAUCAGAUAACAAAUAAUCAAAAACCUUUUCUUUUUUCCUUCCCGUAAAACCCCUUUUCUCUAAACCCUUGUUAUUCCUUGACCCAUUUCGUUGGCUCCCAACGAUGUCGUCGCAACGAUCAUCAUCAUCUGUGUUCGACAACGAUCAGUCUCCGACGUUGUUGACGUCGUCUCAGCAACCCUUGGCCAUGCCCCGGUUCUUGUCGCAAACCCAAAACCCUGGUCAAACCCUAGAAGACGUUUUUUCUCGUCUCUCUGUCUCCGCGUCUCCCUUCAACUACCCACCUUCUGAUUUCUCCGCCGGUAGCUCUUACGGCGUCAAAACCCCCUCAAAGAUUCUUCCUUGUAACGGUUGGGGUCAUGGGGUUACCACUCUUCAAAGUUCCAAUCUUUGGCACCCCGCAUUCACCUCCAACAAUUAUUCUUAUUAUGAUGAUGGUUUUGUCGAUUCCAAACCUUUGGUGAGGCAAAGAGAAAAAACCCCCACAUUUGGUGGAGGUGCUUUUCCCGUUUUUCCACUCUCCAAUGGGAUGCAACAGAAAACCCCUGAUGAUGCUGGUUUCUUGUACGGGUUUUUGGGUGGUAAUAACGGGUCCAAUAAUCUGGGGUUUAGUGGCAACGAAAGGCGCCUCCGAUGGUUCAAUGAUUUGCGGGGGAGGGUUCUGUUGUUGGCUACGGAUCAACAUGAGUGUAGGACUUUGCAGGAGACAAUGAGAAAAUUGACUAGAGAAGAGUUUUAUAUCAUCUUCUUGGAGCUGAUCAAUCACGUGACCGAUUUGAUGGUUGAUCCCUUUGGGAACUAUGUUGUUCAAAGAAUGGUGGAAAUCUGCACUGAAGAGCAGCUGAGUCAGAUCGUUUUGAGCUUGGCUCAGUGUAAUUUUCAGUUGGUCAGAAUUUGUCUAAGUGCGCAUGGAAUCCGGGGUGUUGAGAAACUAUUGGAGCGUGUUACAACCCAAGAGCAACGAGAUCUUGUUUUGUCAGCUCUUUGCCCCGGUGCUGCUAUAUUGGCCAAGGAUGUGAAUGGUCAUCGGGUGCUUCUGCAUUGUCUAAAACAAUUCUCUGGAGAAGACAAUGAGAAUCUUCUGAAUGUUGUGGCAAACAAGUGCUUUGAAAUUGCAACAGAUAAGACUGGGUGUGUUGUGCUGCAGCAAUGCAUUAACCAUGCACAGGGAGAAACAAAACAGAAGCUGCUUGAUGCUAUCAUAUUACAUGUUUCACUCUUAGCAGAAGACUGUUACGGCAACUAUGUUGUGCAACAUUUGUUGUCGCUGAAAGUACCAGGAGUUGCAGAAUCUCUACUCAUACAGCUUAAAGGAAGAUUUUUCUAUCUUGCCUGCAACAAAUAUGGGAGUAAUGUAGUGGAGAGGUUCCUCCAAGACUCGGGUGAAAAGCAUUCGACAUCUAUUGUUUUGGAGUUGCUCCACAAUCCAAAUGUUGCAAUGCUUCUUGUGGAUCCCUAUGGAAAUUAUGUCAUCAAAUCAGCACUAUCAGCAUCUAAGGGUCAUGUUCGGAAUCGCUUGGAGCGACUGAUCAAACUAAAUUCCCUGAUUAUGCGGAGCAACCUCUAUGGGAAGAAGUUACUUGCUUGGUUUGAAAAGGGGAAAAUAUAAACGUGUGUCACAUUUACUUUGUAUAGCUCAGAAGACCCCAUUCAUACCACCAGGGAGUUACAAUCGCGUCUCGUGUGUUGUCUCCAUUGCCUGUCUGUUUCAUUACUCUCAUAACAAACAUUGUGAUGCCUUGAGCUAUUUUGUUAGUUUGUAGUGUAUUUAUUCUAUUUCAAUUUUUUGUCACUUUCAUGCGGUAGAUUGGACUACAGAGGACAACGCUCAGAUGUAAAGUACACAUAAUUCUGGCAUAAGAGCUGAAGCAGGUGAAACAAAUUGUGAUACUCAGAAACUGUAUUCUUGUGAUUCUACUGUAUUCCUCUGAAUUGGAUAAAUUUGCUUAGGGGGCAGUACUGCAGUAGCUCCUGCUACUUACCUCCAAAAAACUGAGAAACAUGCAUGAUAAAUGCUCGCGACAUACUUUUUGAUACAUUUUCCCCCCAAUAAUAAUGUAUUCUUUAUUUUUAGAUGUAA